AUGGUUGUUCUCAGGCAGUUUGGGCUGCUGCUCUGGAAGAAUUACAUUCUUCAGAAACGGCAGAUCCUGGUGACAGUCAUCGAAAUCUGCCUGCCACUGCUCUUCGCCGCCAUCCUGAUUGCGCUGCGGCACCGGGUGCACUCCAUCAGCCACCCCAACGCCACCCUCUACCCUGCCGAGGCCGUGGAUGACCUGCCGGGCUUCUUCUACCGCCGGCACCCCAGCAACCCCUGGGAGCUGGCCUAUGUCCCCUCCAACAGCAGUGCCGUCAGGGCCGUCGCCGAGGCGGUGGAGAGAGCUUUACCCAUCAGCAUCAGAGCUCAGGGCUUCGCCUCGGAGCGGGACUUCGAGGUCAGGUCGGCCAACCGCUCGGGCAGCGUGCUGGCCGCUGUCGUGUUCCAGCACCGCUUCCAGCACAGCGCGGCCCCGCUGCCGCUCCAGGUCAACUAUGAGCUGCGCUUCAAGUACAGCCCGAGGAAUGCGCCACGGAGCGAGCAGACGGGGCUGAACCCCAACCUUGACCGGGACUGGCACACCAGCUACCUCUUCCCCCUCUUCCAGCUGCCGGGGCCUCGGGAGGCCAAGUUUGCUGAUGGGGGGACACCAGGCUACAUCCGAGAAGGUUUCCUGGCCUUGCAGCACGCAGUGGACAGGGCCAUCAUACAGUACCACGCCAACGCCAGCUCCACCAGCCUCCUGGAGAACGUCACGGUGGUGGUGCAGCGCUUCCCCUACCCNGCGUACGUCAACGACCUCUUCCUCCUUGCCAUCCAGAACCAGCUGCCUCUGCUGCUCAUGCUCAGCUUCACAUACACCUCUCUCAAUAUUGUCCGUGCCGUUGUGCACGAGAAGGAGAAGAAGCUGAAGGAGUACAUGCACAUGAUGGGCCUCAGCAACUGGCUGCACUGGAGCGCCUGGUUCCUCAUGUUCUUCCUCUUCCUCCUGGUGUCCGUGUUCUUCGUCACCGUGCUCUUCUGUGUCAAGGUGAGUGAACAGGGAGCGGUGCUCACAAACAGCGACCCCACGCUGGUUUUCACCUUCCUCGCCAUCUUCUCCAUCUCCUCUAUCUCCUUCAACUUCAUGGUGAGCACCUUCUUCUCCAGAGCGAAUGUUGCGGCUGCUGCUGGCGGUUUCCUCUACUUUUUCUCCUACAUCCCUUACUUCUUCAUCUCGCCCCGCUACGACCUGAUGUCGCACAGCCAGAAGCUGGCGUCCUGCCUCAUCUCCAACGUGGCCAUGGCCAUGGGGGCACAGCUCAUAGGCAUGUUCGAAGGGAAAGGGACCGGCGUUCAGUGGAGGGACCUCAUGAAGCCCGUCAGCGUGGACGACAACUUCACUUUAGCCCAAGUGCUGGGGAUGCUGCUCCUGGACUCGGUGCUCUACGGUGUGGUGGCCUGGUACGUGGAGGCCGUCUUUCCAGGGGAGUACGGCGUGCCUCAGCCCUGGUACUUCUUCUUGACGCCCUCGUACUGGUGUGGGCGCCCCAGGACUGUGGUGGGAAAAGAGAAGGAGGAGGAGGAGGACCCCGAGAAAGCUCUGAAGAGCCAGUACAUUGAGGAGGAACCUGCCGACCUUGUGUCAGGAAUCAAAAUAAAGCACCUUUCCAAGGUCUUCAGAGUGGGAAACAAGACAAAAGAGGCAGUCAAGGACUUAACGGUGAACAUGUACGAAGGCCAAAUCACCGUCCUGUUGGGACACAAUGGUGCUGGGAAGACCACCACUCUCUCCAUGCUGCUGCGUCUCGCUCCUCCCAGGUCUUCGACGGGCGGCCAGGCGUCCAUCAACGGCUACGAGAUCUCCCAGGACAUGGUCCUCAUCCGCCGCAGCCUGGGCCUGUGUCCCCAGCACGACGUCCUCUUCGACAACAUGACGGUGGAGGAGCACCUCCACUUCUACGCAGGGCUGAAGGGGUACCCACCCUCCAAGUGCCCUGAGGAGAUCGACCACAUCCUGAGGAUCCUCAACCUGGAGGACAAACGUCGCUCUCUGACCAAGGCUCUUUCCGGUGGCAUGAAGCGCAAGCUCUCCAUUGGCAUCGCCCUCAUCGGGGACUCCAAGGUGGUGAUGCUGGAUGAGCCGACGUCGGGGAUGGACCCGGCUUCUCGCCGGGCCACAUGGGACCUUCUGCAGCAGCAGAGGAGCAACCGCACCAUCCUGCUCACCACCCACUUCAUGGAUGAGGCUGACCUGCUGGGGGACCGCAUAGCUAUCAUGGCCAAGGGCGAGCUGCAGUGCUGUGGCUCCUCACUCUUCCUCAAGCGUAAAUACGGGGCGGGAUAUCACAUGGUGAUGGUGAAGGAGCCCUACUGUAACCUGGGGGAAAUCUCCCGCCUCAUCUGUCACUACGUGCCCAACGCCACCAUAGAGAGCAAUGCCGGGGCAGAGCUGUCCUUCAUCCUGCCCAAGGAGAGCACGCACAGGUUUGAGGCCCUAUUCACAGAGCUGGAGCAAAGGCGGGAGGAGCUGGGUAUCGCCAGCUACGGCGCCUCGGUCACCACCAUGGAAGAAGUCUUCCUGAGGGUUGGGAAACUUGUGGACUCUAGCAUGGACAUCCAGGCCAUCCAGCUGCCUGCUCUCCAGUACCAGCACGAGAGACGCUCCAACGACUGGGCCAUGGAUGACUCAAGCAGCCUGAGCGGCAUGACGGACAUGACGGAUGACAGCGGGGCACUCAUUACGGAGGACUGCUCCAGCAUCAAGCUCAACACCGGGUUCUACCUGUGCUGCCAGCAGUUCUACGCCAUGUUCAUGAAGCGAGCCAUGUACAGCUGGCGCAACUGGAAGAUGGUGGCAGCGCAGUUCCUCGUGCCUCUGAUCUUCACUGCCUUCGCCCUCGUCGUGGCCAAGACCUUCCCAGGACCCAGGGACUCUUCCUCACUGAGGUUGACACUGGAGCCCUACGGCCAGACCAUCGUGCCUUUCAGCGUCUCGGCCGCCUCGGGUCUGUCGCAGAGGUUGGCGGAGCAGUACGUGGAGCUGCUGGAUGCCCAGCAUCAGUCACCGCUGGAGGUGGUGGGUGGCCUGGAGGAGUACCUCAUCUCAAGAGCCUCCGAGGAAGGGGGAGCCUUCAACGAGCACUACAUCGCAGCAGCCUCCUUCGAAGGAGCUGGGAACCGUACGGUGGUCACCGCGCUCUUCAACAACCAGGCGUAUCACUCCCCUGCCACGGCCCUUAUGCUGGCUGACAACGCUGUCUUCAGGGUGUUGGCAGGUCCCAAUGCCUCCAUCACGGUCACCAACUACCCUCAGCCCCGCAACAUCACCGAGAAGGCCAAAGACCAGCUCAUGGAGGGCCAGACGGGGUUCGCCAUUGCUAUCAACUUGCUCUACGGCAUGGCCUCGCUCGCCAGCACCUUCGCUCUGCUGCUGGUCAGCGAGCGGGCCAUCAAGGCCAAGCACGUCCAGUUUGUCAGUGGAGUCUACGUGGUCAACUUCUGGCUUUCCGCCCUGCUCUGGGAUAUCAUCAACUUCCUCAUCCCUUGUGCUCUGAUGCUGGUGAUAUUCCAAGCCUUUGACGUGCAAGCCUUCACCCAAGACAGCCACCUCGUAGAUGUGAUGCUGAUCUUCCUCCUUUAUGGCUGGGCCAUCAUUCCCCUCAUGUACCUCCUCAGCUUCUUCUUCUCAGUGGCAGCCACGGCCUACACCCGGCUCACCAUCUUCAACAUCCUCUCAGGCACGGCCACCUUCCUUGCAGUCACCAUCAUGAGCAUCCCAGAGCUGGGCUUGGUGGACCUCUCCAAAACCCUGGAUAAAGUCUUUCUUGUCUUACCCAAUUACUGCUUGGGCCAAUGCAUCAGUGACUUCUACCAGAACUACGAGUUCAUUCAGUUUUGUACCUCCUCCGUUGAAGCCAUCUUCAUCUGCAAGGCCUUCAAUGUCACUUACCAGAUGAACUACUUCUCCUGGGAGACGCCUGGCAUCGGACGAUACCUGACCUCUUUGACCAUCCAGGGUUUCUCCUUCCUCUUCCUCCUUUUCCUCAUUGAGACAAACCUCCUCUGGAGACUCAGGACUUUGGUCUGUGGCAUCUGCAGGCGGCGGAAAUGGGUGGCACUGCUGAACAGGGUGUCUGCGCUGCCAGAGGACCGGGACGUGGCAGAUGAGAGGAAGAAGGUUUUGGAAUCGCCACCAGAACUGCUGUCAUCUCUCAGCAGCCCUCUGGUCAUCAAGGAGCUCACCAAGGUCUAUGACAGCCGGGAGUCCCUGCUGGCAGUGGACAGGAUCUCCUUGGCGGUCAGCAAAGGGGAGUGCUUUGGCCUUCUCGGCUUCAACGGAGCGGGCAAAACCACUACCUUCAAGAUGCUGACUGGUGACGAGAGCAUCACGUCAGGGGAUGCCUUUGUGGAUGGCCACAGCAUUCUGGCCAACAUCAAGAAGGUCCAGCAGCGGAUCGGCUACUGCCCGCAGUUCGAUGCCCUCCUGGACCAUAUGACAGGCCGUGAGACCCUGAGCAUGUAUGCCCGCCUGCGGGGCAUCCCCGAGCGCUACAUCGGCAGCUGCGUGGAGAACAUGCUGAGAGGGCUUCUCCUGGAGCCCCAUGCCGACAAGCUCGUGAGGAACUACAGCGGGGGUAACAAGCGGAAGCUGAGCGCCGGCAUCGCCCUCAUUGGUGGUCCCCCUGUGAUCUUCCUGGAUGAGCCCUCUACCGGCAUGGACCCCGUGGCCCGGCGUUUGCUCUGGGACGCAGUGACACGGACGCGGGAGUGUGGCAAAUCCAUCAUCUUCACAUCCCACAGGUGACAAUUCUGCGAGGCCCUCUGCACGCGGCUGGCCAUCAUGGUGAACGGGCAGUUCAAAUGCCUGGGCAGCCCCCAGCACCUCAAAAGCAAAUUUGGCAGUGGCUACACGUUGCUAGCCAAAACGCGGAGCGAGGAGGAGGGCGAGCUGCAGGCCUUCAAGGCCUUUGUGGAGAAGACUUUCCCAGGCAGCGUCCUGAAGCACGAGCACCAGGGGAUGGUACAUUACCACUUGACCAACAAGAACCUCAGCUGGGCGCAGGUCUUUGGGGCCUUGGAGAAAGCCAAAGAGAAGUAUCGCUUGGAAGACUACUCAGUGAGCCAGAUCUCCCUGGAGCAGGUCUUCAUGAGCUUCACUCGCUUCCAGCACUACACGGAGGACCGGGGGAAAUGAGCCCUUUCUCACGAACUGGCCUAUACAUAGUAUAUAGAGAGACAGUAAUUUAUAUAUUGGCGUGUCUGAAAUAAUGUAUAAAUGUAAGAAACUUUUCACCAGGGAAGGGGGGGAGGGAGGGGUGGGGAAAGGAUGGCGACGUAGCUUCUGGU